AUGGCCGUCAGCGAGAAUAGGAGCAUCGCAGUUGUUGGAGUCGGCUCCCUCAUGUCCAAGUCCCUUGUUAUAUGGCUAGCGGGUUUGGGAUGGAACAUCGCCCUAGUGUCGCGCUCUGAGAAGAGCUUGUCAGCCAUCGCGGACGAAGUGCGCUGCGCCCAGAAAGGCAAAGGCGGCAAGGUCGUUUACCGGGCUGCCGACGCUAGCGACCCUGUUAUACUGAAGGCCACUCUUGGCUGGUGUGUUGAACAACUCGGGGGCAAGUUGGAUGUUCUAAACUACAAUGCUGCCCGAGUCGCUUCCACCAGCGUCACCGACAUGAUGCCUGAUGACCUGGAGAAAGACUUCAAGGUCUCAGCUGUGGGCACCCUGGUUGCCGGUCAGUGGUUUGCCGAUAGUAACGCCAGAGUUGAUCGUGUUUCAGAGGGCGAAUGGCCACUUUUCCUCGUCACUGGCGGCGUCCUGGAUAAGGUGCCGGAACCAUCCUUGGCCUCGCUAUCCACUGUCAAAUCGGCCUCUCAGACACUCAGCCGACUGUUUGCCAUGGAAUUGCCUGAAAAAUCUAACAUUCUUGUCGGCAUGCCCCUGAUCUCCGGGCGCGUUGUCAAUCGAGGGGAAAGUGAAUACACCCCACGAUUCGAUGCGGAUACCGUUAUUGCUGCCGUUUUCCGGCCAUUCUUUGAAGAUCGCGAGAACCGACGUGACGGGAAAGAAGGAUGGACCGUUGAAAGGGUAUAUUGA